GCGUUACCAUGACAACCAGGUGAUCAGCUCACCUGGCUGUGGAAGGGAACUUUUUCCCACAGAGACAGAGAAGACACAGACACAGACAUAGAUUCAACAUGAAAUCUGCUGCUUUUAUCAUCGGACUCUUGUUCAGCAUCUGCGAGUGUCUGGUAAAAACACCUGGAGCUCACCUGGAAGAGCCGAGAGUUCAGUAUGAGUGUCGGGAUCGUUACCUGUGGAUCCACGUCACCUCCACACAGACCCCGCCACGCUUCGAGGCUGUCGAUGGACAUGGCGUCCACUCCAUCAGUGAGCAGCAUGCCUCUCUCUGUGGUUACACCAUCAGCACAUCCAACACAGACGCCUCCACCACGCUCAGAGCCUCCUUCUACGCCUGCUUCACCCACACCCAGGAUGACCAGGUGUUCACCUUCAGACUGAACGUUGUGCUGAGUGACUCUGCAGGCAGAUGGAUCAGUUCACCUGUCAGUGCGGUGUGUUCAGGUGUGCAGUGGACCCACAGAGAGGUCACCUGUGAGGACGACUACAUGGAGAUAAACGUGGACAGGGAAUCUUCAUGUGGAGGACCGUUGGGGAACAGUGGACAGGUGUGGCAGACGGCUCUGUCCCAGGCUCAGAGCACCGCAAGAUCUGAUUGGCAGCUGAUGGUCCUGAAGAGUGAUGGACAGGUGAUAUCAAUGUCCAUCAAUGAAGCCGGGGGGCGGGGCUUAAGCCUCACCACUACUGGCCAGAGGAUAGUUCUUCGUUCUCGGUACAAACAAGCACACAGUGAGCUGACCACGAUGAACGGCGUUCCUGUGGAGGUUGUACGGGUGUCUGUUUUCAGUAAGCAGAAGCUGACAUUGGUGAUGAUCGAUGUGUCCAUGGCCUGCACACGGAGUUCAGGUUCUUUCGACGGGAGCCAGCUGCUCUGGGACAUCCCCCUUGUUAUGUCCCCCCUCAUUGGAGAGGGAGUGGGGUUUGAAAGUAGAAACCUUGGUGUGGGGGUGGAAGGGGUUCUGCUGGAUAAAACUACUGCAGCCACCAGAGGAAUUGCUGUGGUCAAAGAGGGGCCCCUGGUCCAGAUCAGGGUUCCUUUUGGGGCAGAGGGAGGCUAUAGAAAGAGCGUGGUUUUGGACAAUGUGUACAAGGAGAAGUAUGUUAUCUCUGUCCUGUAUGAACACGUCUUCUCUCUGCUGUUUGAGGACGGCAGCAGCAUUGACACAAAGCACAGGACGUUCCAGGUGUUGGAUACACCUCUGCUCUGCCGUUCGCCCUUCAGCCUUGACCAGACCAUGAAUGAUGACCAGGUUUUCAGACUCUACCUGGGAAACAUUCCUACUAAUGUCGUGUUACAGGAAGUCCUGGUGAAUGGGAAGAAGCUAAUGGCUGAGAGUGCCAAACAAGGCUUCAGCAUCAGUUCUGCUGUUCAUGCUAACGGCAGCCGGGCCUACGAACUCCAACUGCCCUUUGAAGAUCCGGCCGUCUACCACACAUACCUUGGUGAUGGUAUGCUUCAGUACUCUGCAGAUCUAAACCUGACUCUGACCAUCACCCCCCACGGAGACUCGUACUACCAUCACACUGUCCUUACAGCACGAGUGUUUAAUGCCUUCCCUCCAGAGAUAACGGCACAGUGUUCCGAUGGAGGAAUCACCUUCAGUGUGCUCAGACCGCCACGGGCUGAGAGUGUCUGGGAGGUGGGUGUAGACCAUGAGCCUCUGACAUCAGAGCUGGCAGCUCAAAGAGGGUAUCGACUCUAUGGGGACAACUACAGAACCACUCUGGAAGUCCCUGUGUUCUCAAUUGGAUACACCUACGAGGGAAUCAGCCUGUCCAAUUUUUAUGCAACCUUUAAACUUCUUCUGAGAGAUUCCAAAACUUUGGCGGUCCAGACGUCCACCUCCAAACGCUGCCUCUUCAAAACUCAGGACAUGAUAGUGUGUUCUGCAGACGGGACCAUGACAGUGGUGACGACUCCGACCUCCACUUGGCCCAAAGUGCGGCCUGAAAGAACCACUCUGCUGGACCCUGCCUGUGGGCCCAAACAGACAGAUGAGGCCAGGGUCCUGUUCGAGUUCAAACUGGAAACAUGUGGGACCAGAGCCAUGGCGGGAGAGUCGUACGUGCUUUAUGAGAAUGAAAUCAUCCAUGACCGGCAGCUGAUCGCUGAUGGACCAAACGUGAUUUCCAGAGAAUCUCAGUUUAAGUUGACCGUGAGGUGUUUCUAUCCUCUGAGUGGAGUCAGCAGACUGUCUGUGGACAGGAACUUCAGAGCACAAACUCCUGGACUUGGUUCAGUCAAAGUCUACAGGAGCCUUAAAGCAGACUCAGAAAAUGGACUUCCUGUGCAAGACUGUUCUGGAAGUGUUGCUGACACCCUGAGAAACCAAGUCCACCAAAAUCCUGUGGCAGGCAGUGUCUAUUCUCACUACAGUACAAGACCAAAACCAGGACCCGAUCACUUGAUUACAGAACCAGUAGGACACAACAUCAAGCUGCUCCAUUCCUCUCAAAACGCUCAGAACUUUGCAAACCUCCACCUGCCCCCUCUUCACAAGGGUCCUAACAUUGGGACCCAUGAAGUCCAUCUGCAGGCUUCUCAAGCUGGCAGUCUCCUGUCCCUGACACAAGAACGACCUGUAUCCAGAACGCCAACUUCAGGCCAACCCGGCAACUUACUGGGCAACAGAGUGCAGCUGUCACACCCUGAUACUCUUAACUUCAGCCAAGGCAGAUGGGGACAUCCAGGACUAUCUGAGGACAGCCCGGUCUCUGAUUUGGGUUCAUCAAGCAGGAUCCCUGACUCUCUUGAUGGUGGACAGUCUAGGGGCAACUGCGGGAGCUCUAAAAGUAGCCCAGGUGAGAGGGUGUGGCCCUCUGCUUUGGCAUGGGACCAGCCCACAGGAAAUGGUUUAAUUCAUGAAAAUGCAAACUUUGCUCCUGCUCCUGACAUACAAGACCUGACCCAACACAAUGUAGUCAAUCUGGAUUUAGGUCUCCACAGGUAUUCUGGAUUACGGCCUCAAAGACUGCCUUCUCAGACCACUCUGCUCCAUCAAGUCCUUGAACCCCUCUCUCAGUCCAGCCUUAAAUACCCUGGCAGCAGUGACAUCCUCCAGCCCAGCAAAAAUAAGAAAUAUGUUCCUGCUUACAGUAAGCCCAGCACAUCCAAACCCUACACCCUUGACUAUGCCAGAGGCCAGUCUGUGGACUCUGCAGUGUCACCUCUUUCUGCCAGCCAUCUCAACCAGAAACCACAAAGACCAGGUUCCUUGGAAAGACAGAACCCUGAGGCCGGACAGUCAGGAGUGAAGAAAGUGAGAGUCAAACCUCUGAGUAAAUUAAUCUCUGCUGGACAAACGCUCGACCAGACCGCUGCAAUCCAACCAGGGCACUCACAAAUACCUCAUAGGUCCCAGUAUGGUGCUGGUCUAAAUGCCGAGAGACGUGACGGGAACCAGUGGACAUCACAAAAUCGCCCUUAUCUCAGAGGUUCAAACAUAAGGACAGAGCGUGUGCCUGAAGGAGCGCAGAUCCAAAUGCUGAAGCAAGUACAAGGUUCUCACCAGGUCCUAGUCAAACUGGAUCAGUCUGCAGCUGAUGACUGGUUCCAGAAACAACAAGGACAGCAGCAAGAACCGAUCCAGCCUCUGAAUGAUCAGCAAGAUACUCAGCAGUCCACCAGUCAACCAACAGGAGUAUCUCACAUCCGAGUCAGACUGGUUUCUGGUCUUCAGGAAAGAUUUCAAAACCAAAACAAUCAGGAACCAAAACAGCUGAACAUCCAGAACCCGACACCACAGUCUGACACCAGAGGAGGAACCAGGUGGGCAUCUUCAAACACUCAUGCCAGCACCAGAGAAAACCAAUCUAAUACUCCCAGCGGGAGUGUCGAGAUGGACCCCGCUGCUGGAAGGACUGGUUCUGUUUUGAAUGGUUCUGCUGGUUCUGGUUCACAGCUGAAGGUCGAAGGCAGAUCAGACUGUGGUCAGUAUGGGGCCAGUGUUCACAACGGCAUCAUGAGAGGUAAACAGAUCAGCUGAUGAAGAACAGGAACAAUUACAAGCAAAGUCUUCUGAUGUGACUCAAUUAAGCUACAUGCUGUUAUCAGCUGUUUGUCCAUGAUCAAUUAAAAAACAAACAUAUCGUA